AGAGUAUACAACAUACCAAGAUGGCGCGAAGACGACGCCGAAGACGUGGCCAGGGUCAAGGUGCAGUGAAACGGAAAAGCGACGACGGCGCUGCGGCCAAGAGGAGGCAGGAGAGGCUCAUCAACGCAAGAAUCUACCAGUUCUUCUUCGACGCUCUCGACGCCGCGGCCGACGACUUGGCCAGGAGGAAGAGGGCCGUUGAUCGAGUCGUGGCCACGUCGUACCCGGAAGCUGUCGUGUACGAGAACUACUCCUGCAGCCUGAGGCAAACGAGCCGAGACCAGAAUCCCAAGUUCCACGUCAUGCAGGUCAUCGAGAGCAAAGGCUGCUCCUUCUUCUUCGCCAGAUGGGGCCGCGUGGGGGAAGAAGGCAAGUGGAAAAUCGAGCCCAAAGCAACAGUGGACGACGCGAUAGAAAUGUUCGAGAAAAUGUUCCGAGUCAAGACGAGGAAUGAUUGGGACGACAAAGACGAUUUCGAAACGUUUCCGAGCCGAUAUGCAGUGUUCGAGGAGAGUUGAAUACCCCCGCAGGCCUUGUUACGUUAAAAUAGGCGUUCUCCAAACUUCACUGAUGGAAGCCCCAGAAUACAUGUUAAGAUGCGACAAAGGUUUUCGCUAAACCCUACGUUGAUUACUAUGUCUAUUUGCUGUUGAAGAUAUUUAAUGUCUGUAUCAGAAAUGUUAUGGAUAGUGACGGAUGCUAAGAGUAAGAAUUUAAAACUAAAUAGAUAUUAUAUAACCUUCUUUUUCUGUAGCUUUGUCCCAUUCUUGUAUCGGGUCGCUAUGAUCAGGUUCUGGCAGAUAUCUCUUUUUUAUGGCCGGAUGCCCUUCCCGACGCCAGCCCUCUCUCUUUACCCGGGCUUGGAACCGGCUCUAAGUUUGGCUGGCUUGCUUAUAAUCAAAGAAAAUGGUAUGUGCAGUCAAUUUUUUUCUCUUUUUUAUCAUCUCUGAUUCCUUUGCGAUGGUGAUAAAAUGUUUUAAAAAGGAGAUUAAGGUAUUAUACAAAAAAAAUAGAUUGAUAUAUACAAGAAGGAGAUUUGAUAUAUGAUAUAAACAAGAAGUUUGUGAUGACGUUUAGGCUAUUCAGUUUGAGAUAAAUUUGCUUGUGGUGUUUGUGUGUUUGUUUGUUUGUUUUUUGUAGAAUGCAUAAGUCCAUGCUUUAGUUACACAUUUUUGCAUAUAUUCUCUGCGUAGUAAAAGUGUGUAUCGUUAUAUCUAUAAUAAAAAACAAGACCUUA